AUGUAUGGACCCCCAACGCACAUACUCCAUCUCUCGCCUUCACCGUCUUCCUCCUACUUGGUGAUCUCUGUCCCCGCCUCCCAACCCCUCCGUGCUUCCUCCUCCCCCCUCACUCCCUCCCUCUCCCAUCCUUCCUCCAUGUCCCCUGUGCGUCCGGGUCUGGUUAUACUGGAGCGCUUCCUCCCUCUCUGUGUCACGAGCUUCGCCUGUUUGGGUCGGCUCUACAUCCUCUUGCUUCAGUGUCAGCUACACCACAUUUCGGUUUAUAAUCGCCUGACAGCGACGGCAGCAAGAGGCAAGGUCCCCCUUCCCCCAACUCUCCCUCCCCGCCUAUAUCACAUAUGGCAAGCCUCGACCCUCCUCAUCUCCUCCCGUGCCUUCCCUACUCCUGGGCUCACCACAACCAGCGGCACCAACACCAACAGCAACAGCAACAGCACCACCAGCAGCAGCAAGAAGAACAAGAAGAUGAAGAGUGGAGCACUUGAAAUGACUGCAGACGUGCUUUUUUCUGCACAGGAGAAUAUGGCAGCUGCUCCCGCCACACUUUCUCCUGUAGCAGCUGUAGCAGCCUCACCCGCUGCACCUUUUACAGGCACACCCGGAGCACCCGUUGAGGCACAGGAAGCAGAGGCAAGGCACAACAAGAGGCUCAAAGGCCAACUAGGAGAGGGGAAAGAGAGGGAGGGGCAAGGGAGAGGAGAUCAAGGAGGAGAGGAUCAAGGGGCAGAGGGGCAAGGACGGGAGGGGAGAGGAGAGGACGGUAACGGCAGAGAUGGUGGAGAGAGAGGCAGGGGUCCGUUUGGGGCUGAUGGGCCGUCCAUGGCAGCACUGAUGCAGGAGCUGGGGUUUGGAGACUUUGUUUCUGCCCCGGUCAGCAACGAUGGCGGGAAGGAAGGGCAGGCGGGCAGAGGAGGAGGGAGAGGUAGGGGACGGGGGAGAGGGAGGGACAGGGGGGUGGUGAUGGGGACGGGGAUGGUGAUUGGGGAUAGGGGGGUUGAAGGGGUAGUGGGAGCAGUGGAGACACAGGGGGUGUUUGGCAGUGGGGAGGCAUGGGGAGGGGAGGGGAUGGCUGGUUGGGGCGACUGGGAUGAGGGGUUUGGGGGAGAUGAUGGGGAUGGGGGGCGAGAAGAGGGGAUGGGGCGGAGGGAGGAUGGCAGGAGGGAAGGUGGGGAAGAUGGGGAGACGGAUAGUGAGGGGGGCAGAGAAGAGAUCGAGGAGGGUGAGGGGGGGGAGGGUGAGGUGGAGGUGGGAGAUGAGGAGAUGGAGAAGGGGGAAGGGGAGAUGGAGGUGGAUGGUGAAGAGUGGGGAGCUGGCAGGGAAGAGGGAGAAGAAGGGGAGGAAGUGGAGGAUAGGGAAGAGGGAGAAGAAGGGGAGGAAGUGGAGGAUAGGGAAGAGGGAGAAGAAGGGGAGGAAGUGGAGGAUGGGGAAGAGGUAGUAGAGGGGGAGGAAGUGGAGGAGGGGGAAGAGGAAGAAGAAGAAGAGAGGGAAGAAGGAGAAGAAGGGGACGAGCGGGAAGAUGAUCUAUUGGAGAGGAAGGCCGGGGAAGAAUCAGGGCCAUUAAGCAUUGGAACUAGAGAGAAAAAAGAGAGAAAGCUGGCAGGCAUCGGUGCUGCGGCAAGGAUGGUGGGAGUUGACGAUCAGGCUGUGAACAGGCCUAGUGUUGGGAUGAGUGGAACACCAACUAACGAGGAAGGGUUGAUGCAUGAUGGAGGGAUGGUGUUGAAACCACGGCCUCAAGUUGCAGCUGCUGGGAAGUUACAGGGUGAGAAGAACGUAUCGGGAAAUGCUGGUGGUAAGAAGAGCACUCUAGGAAAGGUGAAUGUGACUGUGAUGGAUGUGACUGAUGUGACUGUGGUGAAUGUGAAUGUGGUGAAUGUGACUGUGGUGAAUGCGGCUGUGGUCGAUGUGACUGUGGUGAAUGCGGCUGUGGUGAAUGUGACUCUGUGCGACGCACCAGGUACGGACUCCAUCCCUGUCUGCACCGAGCCUAAGCUAGGCCCGGCAAUCACAGGCUCGGCCGAGCCUGCAAUGUCCCAAGCCGAGGUGCACAUGGCAAUAUCAACGCUCCGAGCCUCCGCGGCCUGGCAGCUGGCCUUCCUGCCGCCUCUGCCACAAGCGCCUGCUGCCUCUCUUGCUACUGCGGGUGGUGAUAGUGUGGGUAGUGCGGCUGCUGCUGCCUCGUCUCCUCAUGUAUCUGAUCCCUCGUUCGAUCUGCUGCUGGAGUGGUUUCUCUCGCCCUACCGUGUGGAUGUCACCAUGCUGAAACGCCUUCAACCAGACGUCAUACUCACGCAGCUGCAAGAAGAGCCCGAGGUGCUUUCGUUUGAGGAUGUUCAAAACGUGCUGUCUCACGUGCUUGGGUCAGAAGUCAAGAUCGUUCAUCUCGACCCUCCGUCCCUCGUCGAAGCGAUCAACGACGUCCGUCGGAUCGGCGCUGCUCUCGGCCAAUCGCAGCGCGCCGAAUCCAUGGCCAAGGACCUCAUGCAGCGAAUCCAGACUAGAUUCUCCAUUCCGAGUCCCAGUGGUUCGGGCACCGCCACACCUGCUGGGCUGAGAGCUCCCCUCUCCUGUUUCCUUUUGACCCACAUGUGUUUCCCUCUCCCCUCCACUGCUGGUUGGGGUGUCUUGAGCAGCGGAUCAUGUGUUGCCUUAUGA